CAGAACUAGGAUGUCAUACAGUACUGUAAUGUAUUUAUUGUGUCGUGCUGGGACAUUCUGCAUCGGUUUCAUAAGGCGGAUCUGAUCAACAACAAGAAAACAACUUAACUACUAAAAAUUAUUUCCAGAAUGAGCCUGAUGUCAGGGACGGCAGAUAAGGUAUCUGAUCCUGGGUCUGUUAGUAUUAUUAUGGAGGAUAGACCUCAGCCGCAGGAGGCUCCGUUGCUAACUAAUCUGAAGAAGGUGGAGAACCACAUCACGGAGGCACAACGUUUCUCUCACCUUCCCAAACGCACGGCUGUGGACCUGGAGUUUAGAGACAUCUCCUACACAAUCAGGGAAGGACCGUGGUGGAAGAAACAAGGUUUUAAGGCCUUGAUCAAAUGUCUGUCGGGAAAGUUCUGCAGUCGGGAAUUUAUUGGGAUUAUGGGACCGUCUGGGGCUGGCAAAUCCACUUUGAUGAACAUCCUGGCUGGGUACAGGGAAACAGGGAUGAAGGGUGAGAUCCUGGUAAAUGGAAAGCUCCGAGACCUCCGAACCUUCCGAAAGAUGUCCUGUUACAUUAUGCAAGAGGACAAAUUGCUGCCACACCUGACUGUACAAGAAGCUAUGAUGGUGUCAGCAAACUUGAAGCUCAAUGAAAGCACAGAGGUGAAGAAAGAGCUGAUUAAAGAGAUUCUUACAGCCCUGGGAUUACAUGAAUGUGUUCAAACUCGCACAGCCUCUCUUUCUGGAGGACAGUGCAAACGACUGGCUAUUGCCCUUGAGCUAGUUAACAACCCACCAGUCAUGUUCUUUGAUGAACCAACCAGUGGUUUGGAUAGUGCAUCCUGUUUCCAAGUAGUAUCAUUGAUGAAGUCUCUGGCACAAGGAGGGCGAACCAUCAUUUGCACCAUCCACCAGCCCAGUGCCAAACUCUUUGAGAUGUUUGAUAAGCUGUACAUUUUGAGUCAGGGCCAAUGCAUUUUCAAGGGAAGCGUCCCAUUCCUCAUUCCCUACUUGAGUGCGCUAGGUCUUCGCUGUCCUACAUACCACAACCCUGCAGAUUUCAUCAUAGAGCUAGCGUCAGGGGAAUAUGGAGACUUGAACCCAGUUCUGUUUGAAGCUGUCCAGGGUGGCAUGUGUGCUUUGGAAGAAAAGAGACACUGUAUUGACAAAAACAUCUUAAACUUGUGUGCUCCAAAAUGGGUCGACGACUCAGGACAUGAUGAGAGCAAUACAUUUGCAACAAGCUCUUUAACUCAGUUUUGCAUUCUCUUCAAAAGAGCACUUAUUUCAAUCUGCAGAGACCAGGUUUUGACACAUCUGCGGCUACUGUCACACAUCUCUAUCGGAGUGUUGAUAGGUCUGCUGUACCUCAACAUUGGCAAUGAUGCCAGUAAAGUCUUCAACAACACUGGUUUUCUCUUCUUUUCAAUGCUUUUCCUCAUGUUUGGAGCCCUAAUGCCCACAGUGCUCACAUUUCCUCUGGAGAUGGCUGUAUUUUUCAGAGAACAUUUAAACUACUGGUACAGCCUGAAGGCUUACUAUCUUGCUAAGACGAUGGCCGACAUUCCAUUCCAGCUCAUUUGUCCCAUCCUGUACUGCAGUAUUGUGUAUUGGAUGACUGAACAGCCUCCAGAAGCAAGCCGCUACUUGCUCUUUUUGGCAUUGUCGAUCUGCACAGCUUUAGUAGCCCAGUCCCUUGGGCUUUUAGUCGGUGCUGCCUCCAGCUCCCUUCAGGUGGCAACUUUUGUGGGCCCCGUCACUGCCAUUCCCGUUUUACUCUUCUCAGGCUACUUUGUGAACUUUGACACCAUUCCUGCUUACCUACAGUGGAGUUCUUAUGUGUCCUAUGUUCGGUAUGGGUUUGAGGGUGUGAUUCUGUCCAUUUAUGGGAUGAACCGAACUGAGCUUGAAUGUCCAGGGAGGGUUUGCAAGUUCCAGAGACCUGAAGAGGUUCUGCAGUUAUUAGAUGUGGAAGAUGCCAAGCUGUACAUGGACUUUGUUAUAUUGUGGAUUUUCUUCUUCAUCCUGCGACUCGCCACCUACAUAGUUCUUCGCUACAAGAUCAAGUCCUAGCGAUAAAAUGUAUUGACCUUGCAUGGUCUCUACCUGUUGUGGCCUCUUUAAGACUUCAAUUUGAGCCCAAACGUGUCCGUCUUUGCUCAGGAAGUUUUUGUUGUCGUGUGCUCAGUUUUUUCAGUUGGACACAGAACUUAAAUUACCUGGCAUUGUAAAGACAUCUCCGAGCUUCAUGUUUUUUCAGUGUUACACUUUGAUGAACUUCCAGGCCUUGGAAAAUUCUGUCAGUCAGGGUUGCUUUGGUGAAUCCAAAUGCAACACUUAAUGCCCUGCUUUUAAACAGGCCUAUGUCAAAUCAAAGUCUCUCAGUUCAUUCUGGCAACUCAAACUCUGGACUGCCAUUUUUCAAAUUAAACAUUUUAUAUUUUAGGUAAAUGUAACUGAAAGCCCAUCAUGACCUAAAUUAAUCUAAGGUGAGCACCACCUUUAAAGUAUGUUUACAUAUUAUUGUACGCGUCUGCUGAUGAGAUGUAUCUUCAAGGGUUUUAAUUCAAAUCAGAAGACUGUGCACUAUAGUGCCUGUUUAAUAAACACAAACAACAUUGUAUCAUUGCAUUGUUUAUAGUAAAGUAUCCGCAGUGCCCUUCAUUUUAUAAUUCUUUCUUUCUGGUUUUAAUUAGCUAUGUAGUAUUAAUUUUAUUCAAAACUGGAGAUUGUAUGUAACCUCGUGCGACACAAUUAUCCUACAAUUUUAUUUAGACCAAAUAUGACCAUGUAUGUAAGCAAUGUGUUGCUUAAUAUGUCAAACUGCCAAAUGUGUUGUGUUUAUAAAUAAAACAUGAC